AUUAAAAUGGAUAUUGAUAGAACAUCUAUCUGUAAAUUCUAUUUUCGUUUGGGAUUUGAGUACAAAUACAUCUUAAGGUUCCUCGCUGAACAACAUGGGAUUGUCAUUAGUAUGAGAACAUUAAAGAGGACACUAAAAGGGGCCGGAUUAAGGCGACGAAAGUCAAAGACAGAUGUAUUGGAAGCAGCGCUCUUCAUACAAGACAAGAUUUCGAGUGGUGCUGAUUACGGAUACCGCUGGAUGCACCUUCAGUGCACCCAGAGUGGACUAAAUGUUCCUCGUGAUACAGUUGAAUUGAUGAUGAAGCUUCUUGAUCCUGUUGGCGUUAAGAUGCGUUCAAAGAAAAGAUUAAGGCGGAGACAUUAUUUUGCCAGGGGCCCUGAUUUCGUGUGGCAUCUGGAUUCGUAUGAUAAAUUAAAACGGUAUGGUCUCUUCAUAAAUGGCUGCCUUGAUGGAUUCUCGAGACAGAUUAUUUGGCUAAAUGCAUAUUCAACCAGUAGUAAUCCCAGAAUUAUUGCAGGCUACUAUAUGGAGGCUGUUAGCAAGAUAAAAGGGUGUCCUUCUCGAGUACGAGGAGACCAUGGAACAGAAAAUGGUCAUGUAGCAGCUUUUCAAAACUUUCUAGCUGAAAGAGAAAGUUUUAUUUACGGACCAAGCACAGGAAAUCAAAGAAUAGAGAGUUUUUGGUACAUUUUGAGACGCCAGUGCUGUCAGGUUUGGAUUGAAAAGCUCGGUGUCUUGGUAGAUGAUGGUCUAUAUAAUGGCGAUCUUCUUGAUAAGAAUUUGAUACAGUAUUGUUGCAUGUCUGUACUUCAGAACGAAUUGAAUGACGUGAUGACAACCUGGAAUAUACAUCAGAUUCGCCCUACAAAAAACCAGAAUUGUCCACAUGGCAGACCUAUGAUAAUGUAUAUGAUUCCGACUUCAUAUGAAACUCGAAGUUACAGAAUCGAAGUGGAUCAAGAUAAAGUUGAUGUCUGUAAAACUGAAUGUAUUUUUCGGCAAGAUCAAAUUUGUGAUGAAGACAUAUGGGAUCUAUGUGGAAUUUACAUGAAGGAAAACGCUCUGUCAUUACCAACCAGCCUUGAUACAGCAAUUGCACUGUACAAAAUCCUGAGGGAUUUAUUUCAUGAAGAUAUCUAGCUGAUACAAUGUGAAUGUGAACACCAUGACUGACUUAACCACAUGAUGAUAUUGAUAUUCGUUCUGUUUCAACAUGUAAAAUUUUAAAAUAAGCCUUGAAAAUCAGACUUAUACUCAGUGAAAUCAAUAUAGUGUUUUUUAAAACCAAAAAAUAAUACAAUACUACAACACUUUUUGCAGUCUCCAGAUAGUUUAUGUUUUGUUUUGUGUUGAAAAAAAGUUGAAUGAGGCAAAUGCAAUUAUUUGAAGGAUUCA